ACAUUCUCCAAGUAUAUACGAUCCCUUUGGUUGAUGUUUAAUAAAAUAUGCUAAAAUAUGGGCUCUUAGACUAAUGUUUGACUGGCAGUGUAGGCCUGUUUCUGAAGCUGUGACAGUUGGAUAUGAAUUGACGAAAAGGAACAGAGAAGCGAGAAAGAAGUGGAUGAUUCAUUUUCCUAAAUAUCCAUCAGAACGUGAUACCAUAUCACUGAAUGGCCUCAUUUUCAUCAUACUGGUGGUGGUGGUGGUGAUGAUGAUAAUGAUUGCUGUGAGUUAACCAGUGGUUGUAAACACAAGUAACUGGCAGUGACGGAAGAGGGACAUCUCGGUUUCAAAGCAACAACUAGAGCUUCCGUGAAUGAUUGCAAAGUGAUUCGUAAACAACUUACAUUCACUGCAGUGUGUGGAGAGUAAUUAUAACGUAAUUUAAUGCGUAUUUGGCAAAGAAGCAUUUCUAAAAAGAUUUUGAGGUACAGAUACAGUAUGUCUUACUGUAGAUGCUACUGUGCAUAGUCAUAUGCUGUGUGUGUAUUUUAUGCGUGCUCUCACUUGCAAAUGAAAUAAUGCAACAUAUUUUACUUCUAUACUUGAUGUGAAGAAGGAAACAGAAUGAAGAAGAGAGAAUCCGAGAGAAUCCGUGGGAGGGAGUGGGUCCCCCCUGUUUACAUCUCUGUCUUAUAGUUUCCAAGCUGACACAGACAGACAUCAAAGCCUACCUUGUAGCUGAAGUGACUUGAAGUUGCAGAGGAACUACGACACAUUCCGAUCUCCACCCCCAUCAAUAUAUAAACCUCAUCAGCCCAACUUACAAAAACACAUCAGACAACUCAUCAAGCAGAGAGAAAGACAGACUUCAAGAGGUGGAAAACAGAGCUCAUAGAAGUUCAAGUGGGGGAAAGAGAUUAAAGUUUCAGCAAAAUCAAAAGAGAAAAAUAUGCUACUGCAGUAUUUUAUCGUUGUGGGGAUGGCCCUUCUUAUGACAGGGGCUCAAAGUGAGGUGAUUGAGGUGUUUGCAGAAGCAGGCUCUCAGGCUAUACUACCCUGUAAAUGCAACCCUUUGUCUACACAUCUCCCUGCCAUCAUCUGGACUAAAGCUAACAAAGGCACUGUUUGGAGAAAGGAAAGGAGCGGUCUGCAGUACUGGGGUUAUAGCUGGUCACCCAAAGGGAGCCACCGCGCACAAUGCCCCCACUCCCAGUUUGAAAGAGGCGAUUAUAGCCUGCAAAUCAACAACGUUAGGGAUGAGGAUGGAGGAAUUUACUCUUGCAGGGUGGACAAUGGAAACCAGGUUACUGAAAACGUGGUGUCACUCAGAAUCAUUAAAGUGUCCAUCUCUCCUUCGGUUCCCAUAUGGGGGAAAGACGUUAAAAUCAGCUGUGAUGUGAAUCCUUGGCCUAAUGGCGCCACCGUGCAGUGGACGUUGAACAACAGCCGAUUUUUGACCCCGACUACAAUCAUGAAAAAAAGUUUCAUGAGGGAAAAGGCAGAUGCGAGACUGACAGGAAACUGGACCUGUUUCGUGGACUACAAGGGCAAAGAGGGGCGAGCUUCAGCAACUCUGACUGUGAUGGGAAUCGUCCAACCAUCCAAAGAUGAUACUAAAGUGUAUGCUGCUGUGGGAUCUGCAGUCACCCUCCCCUGUGUGUUCUCCUCCGAGUUAAUCCCCUCUAGAAAGCCCUCCUCGGAUAAUUCUGCUAGUUUGAAAGAGGUUGGGUUUCAGGAUGCGGGCAGGUACAGAUGCUCUGGGACCGUAGAACAACAAUGGUUGACUCGAAAUAUGCAGCUUGUCGUUGCCAAAAUUGACAGCAGCAUCCCGUCAAAGAAGAAAGACUCUUUGAUGUUGGACUGCCAAUUAAGCGACACAAGCGAAGUCACCAACUAUGAGUGGGUUCAUGUUGUCUAUGACCUCAACGGCACCCGGUCGGAGGGCUCCAUCCUGAACGGGAAGACUCUAAGUAUAAGCAAAGUGUCAGAGGAGAACCGCGGUGAAUGGGCAUGUCGUUUCUACGGGAAAGAAGGCCUUCUGGGAAAUGUUACAUACCAGGUUCACCUAAUGGGUGGUCUGAGUGGACAAAAAUCGUCAGGUGUCUCACAAAACACCGUUGCCGUGGUUGGCCUCAGCUUUCUCCUCGUCGUUCUGCUGUUGAUUUUGAUUCAGAUGUACAAGAACCACCAAAGGAGGAAAAGGAUCUUUCAGUACCCUGCGCUGGAGACGAUUGUUCAUACCACCUCCAAUGAGCGGGAGGAGAGAGAAAGGAACCGAGAGAAAAUGUAAAGACAUAUCGAUGCAGAGGCAUCGCAGGAAAGAUCUCACAAUGCUAAACUGAAUUGAGAUCCAUCCUCUUCAUGCCUGCAAUAUAUUGGGAGACUUUUGUUUGCACAAGUUUUGUAAAUAUAGUAUAACCAGAGCAGACGUUGUAGCAGUGUUGUUCUUGUUGUAUAUUAUCUUUGUAACUGUAAUUGUUCUACUGUAAGUGAGGAUUUGUUGCUAUAUAUACCUGUUGAAAAUAAAAUAUUUUACAAAGAAAUUA